AAUGAAAGAAGGGGGCCGCAAGUCUUCUGGCAAGCCGGGCAGCAAGGUCACCAAGGCUCCCUCCAGGAUGGCCUCAAGGAUGGCCUCAAUGGCGCCGUCCGCAGCAGGUAGUCGCGACAGGGGGGCCAAGCAGCCGCUCAAACACUUCUUCGCCAGCAAGUCAACCUUCUCGAAGGCGUCCAGCGCAUCUAAGUCAUCAGGCAAGUCGAAGAAAAGCGGUUCAGACGAGGGCUCCCAAGAACAAGCCCCCAAGGCAGUUUCCAAGGCGGCCGGGAAGGCCAAGCCGGACUCGAAGACGACUUCGAAGCCGGCUCCCAAGACUGCAGCGAAAAAAUCCUCGCCGGUCUCGGAGUCGCGCUCCCACGAGUCGGGCAGCGGCGAGGAAGGAGAGGAAGAGGAGUCGUCUCCCGAGAAGCCACAGCAAAAGAAAAAGGCGAAGAAGGACGAAGACGACGGUGAGGAGAGCAGUGAGGAAGAGAAGGCGUCGAAGAAGAAGAGGAAAGGUUCCGGCGAUGAGAAGGAAGAAGACGAAGAGGGCAAGAAGGGCGAAGAGGAAGAGGAGGAAGAGGAAGAGGAUGAGGGCAUAUACAUGAGCACGACGGAGUUCGAGGCCUACAUAGCUCGCCGGGACUGCAUACGGGACAUCGGCAAGUGCAUACUGAUCAUACUGAUGACGGCCUGCGUCGCCUACCUCUUUCACGUGUGGCGACAGCACGACAAGAAGAAAUAUGGCACCGGCAUCGUCACCCAGCGUCGCACUCCGGCCUACACCGAAGAAGAAGAGAACGUGACUGUCGUUGUCGACGGCGUAGAACGUUUCGCCAUAGACGACCACAACGCGGUGCCCACGGAAUUCGGCGAGGCCAUUGGAGACUUUUAGAUAGAUUACCGCUCACCGGGAUCGUAUUCCAUUUAUUGAGAGAGCUCGUGUGGUUACACACGUUAACCAAUUAUUUUAAUUCGUUUCGUAUCGCGUUUGUGAUUACAUGUUGCUCAUGAUUUC